AAAGCUGCCUCAUCCAUAAUUAUUUAAAAAAGUUAGUUUGAUGAAUUCCCUCACAUUCAAAUUUAUUUGGUACAUUAUUAUUAUAUUUUGAAAGUAUGGUUGUUAUUAUUUGAUAUCCAUAAAAGGCACACACACUAUACAUGAGCACACACAGGCAUAUUUUCAUUUAUUCAUUUCUUUCAUGUGAUCACAUCUCAACUUAAAUUCCAAAGCUCCAAUGCUGAAAAACAUGGAGGACAACGAUGCCUUACUUACCUCAGCCUUCAUCAACACACUGUUGACCAAACACUCCAACUCCUCUCACCCAAUAUCCAAAGCAUUAAUCCACACUCAAAACGACACGUCGUUUACUCAGACUCUUCAAUCCCACAUUCGAAACCUCCGUUUCAAUAAUUCAACGACACGAAAGCCUCUCCUUAUUGUCGUUCCAACCCAUGUCUCCCACAUCCAAACCGCUGUCAUAUCUGCCCGAACGCACAACCUGCAUAUGAAGAUCCGAAGCGGUGGCCACGACUAUGAAGGCCUUUCUUACACUUCUUCCACAGAAACGCGCUUCUUUCUUCUAGACAUGCAGAAGCUCUGCUCCAUUGAUUUAGAUAUGGCUACCGAAACGGCUUGGGCUCAAACUGGAGCUACACUCGGCGAACUUUACUACAAGAUAGCCCAGAACAGCAAAGUUCACGGCUUCCCCGCCGGAGUAUGUCCUUCUGUCGGUGUCGGUGGCCACUUCAGCGGCGCUGGUUACGGAAACAUGAUGAGAAAGUACGGGCUCACCGUUGACCACAUCGUUGACGCUCAGUUAGUCAACGUGGAAGGUCGAGUUCUUGACAGAAUGUCAAUGGGGGAAGACUUGUUUUGGGCCAUUAGAGGCGGGGGAGGAGCGAGCUUCGGCGUUGUUUUGGCUUACAAGAUAAACCUCGUUCGUAUCCCAGAAACGGUGACCGUUUUCAGAGUUGAGAGAACUCAAGAACAGAACGCGGUUAACGACGUCGUUUUCCGUUGGCAGGAGGUGGCACCUAAGCUAGACGAAGACCUUUUCAUUAGAAUGAUCUUAGACGUGGUCAAAUCAAGUCAAACUGGAGAAAAGACUCUCCGAGCUUCGUUCGUUGCUCUUUUUCUCGGAGACUCAGACAGACUGAUCUCUAUUAUGAGAAAUAGUUUUCCAGAAAUGGGUUUGAGAAAGUCUGACUGUAUUGAAACAAAUUGGGUCCAAUCCAUUUUUUUCUAUUCCGACAUUCCAAUGGGGACUCCCGAAGAGUACUUGCUCCGUCGAAAACCAGAGAAGCUAGUUCACUUGAAAAGAAAAUCUGAUUAUUUGAAGAAACCAAUUUCCAAAUAUGGUCUAAACGAAAUCUUCAAGAAAAUGGUGGAGUUAGAAUAUCCAGCUCUGCUUUUCAAUCCUUACGGUGGUAGAAUGGCUGAGAUUGCACCCAAUGCGACGCCGUUUCCACAUCGAUUGAACCUAGCAAAGAUUCAGUAUGUGUUGAAUUGGGAGGAAUCGGGAAUAGAGGCUUCGUGUUACUACAUUGGUUUGAUGAGGAAACUGUACGACCACAUGACUCCGUACGUGUCAAACAACCCCAGAGAGUCUUACCUGAACUACAGAGAUCUUGAUUUGGGAAUCAACCAUCACGAUUGGAAGACUAAUAAUUAUCGAACUGCUAAUGCUCUUGGGGUUAGUUAUUUUAAGGAGAAUUUUGGGAGAUUGGUGGAGAUAAAGAGAAGGGUAGAUCCAACAAAUUUUUUCAGGAAUGAACAGAGCAUUCCUGUGAUUUCAUUGGAGAAGCUUGGUUCGGUUCAUUUUCUUGAGUCUCGUAUAUGAAUUGGAACACUAUUGAGUGAUUUUUUAUUAUUAUUAUUAUUCAUAUGGUUUUACAAAGUAUUAUCGGUUGAAAAGUGUAUUUAAUUAUAAUUUUGCCGAAUAAAAUAGUGGUAAUUUAGUUGGUCAGUACCUAUUUAUAAGAGCCACUGGUUUGAUUUAAUCAUGUAUAAGUGAGUGGUACUAUUUUCUAGUGAUAGUAAUUAAACAAGGAGAAGAUUGUACCGAUUGGUGUACGAAAACAAAACAAUAAAAGUUCUCACCAAAUGUAAAUUACUAAA